GCAAGAAAGGUAUACAGCUCGAUUAAACGCGGCCAGUUCAUUGUUAGGGAAUUGAGACGUGUUCAGGACAGAUUAAAAUUAUUCUGUGUAUAUUAUAAAUUACAAUGAUAUAAUCAGUUUCAGUGAGUGAUUUCGUCAACAGGCGAUAACAGAUCAGUGGAAGGAUCGCAUGGGAGGAACCAUGUGUCGCUGGAUUUAGCCGGAACAUGUUAAUCACCAGAGUGACGCUGUUUCACGUAUUAUUGGCGACUGCAUUUGGUUGCUAUCUCUUUCCCAGUGACGUGCCUGACCCGUGUCGUGGCGUAUCGUGCGGUCCGGGAGAGACGUGUCGUCCGUCAUCGGACGGGCGUUCGUACCACUGCGAGUGCCCCGCGUCGUGCCCCAGCUACGGUGAUCACGAGGGUGCGCGCCCGCUCUGCGCAAGCGAUGCCCGCGACUACCCUGGCGAUUGCGAGAUGCGACGCGCCGCAUGUCAAACCAACAGUAACAUCACGUUCAUGUACUACGGUAAAUGUGAUCCUUGCGCAGGUGUAACUUGCCCCGAACCCGAGGUGUGCCAAUUAGACGAGCGACGGCAGCCGGUGUGCCGCUGCGCUGAACCCUGCCCGCUGGAGUUCUCGCCAGUGUGCGCUUCCGACGGCAAGACAUACUCCAACGAGUGCCAAAUGCACCGCGAGUCCUGCCGCGCCAGGAAACAGCUGAGAGUCAUCUUCAAAGGACAGUGCAGUUCCGGCGUGAACCCGUGCUCUGCGGUGGAGUGCCGGCACGGGGCAGAAUGCCGCGUGGAGGAGGGCGGCGCGGUAUGCGCGUGCGCGGCGUGCGAGCCCGUGCUGCGGCCCGUAUGUGGCUCGGACGGGCGCACUCACAAUAGCGACUGCGAACUGAGGCGCGCAGCCUGCCAGCUGGGCCGGGAUAUCAAGCUGCUGCACGCCGGGGCUUGCGGUUCUAGCGGGGUGUGCGCGGGGCGCGUGUGCCCGCACGGUGGCGAGUGCGUGGGAGCAGGCGGUGGUGCGCGCGGGGAAUGCCGUUGUCCGCGCUGCUCUGCUGAGUUCGCGCCCGUCUGCGGCUCCGACGGCAUCUCCUAUGGCAACCGCUGCACGCUGCAGCUUGAGGCCUGCCGGCACCGCAGGGACGUCAAAGUACUCUAUGACGGACCCUGCAACGGCUGUGAAAAUAAGAAAUGUGAACAUUACGCAGUCUGUGAAAGCGACGGUGUUUCUGAGGCCAGUUGUGUGUGUCCGAAGCACUGCGAAGAAGGCACAGAAACAGAAGAAGCGUGCGGCAGCGACAACCAAACUUACAGCAGUGUGUGCGCGCUCCGCGAUGUCGCGUGCCGGGAGAAGAGGCACCUACAUGUUAAGCACAUGGGCUCUUGUGAGUCGUGUGCUGAGGUGAAGUGUCCGAGCGGCACAUUCUGCGCGCGGGGCACGUGCGCAUGCAGCCGGUCGUGCGCCGGCGCACCGCACGCCCCUGUGUGCGCGGACAAUCUGCACACGUACGCACACGAGUGCGCGCUGCACAACGCAGCGUGCGAGGCACGUGCGCGCGGUGAAGCACCACCCCGACUCGUGCACCACGGGGAUUGCGUAGAGAAGGAUAAUGGUGAAGGUACAAACAAAACAGCGAAGAACGAGUCUAACGAUAUCCGGAGCGUAGCUGAGGCGGAGAGCGGCGACGAUAGCGGGGGCGCCGUGUGCGCGCGCGUGCGGUGCGCGUACGAAGCAACGUGCGCAGUGCAAGCGGGACAACCUCGCUGCGCCUGCCUCUUCGACUGCGCCGCUGCUGCGCCUGCGCCCGUCUGCGCCUCCGACCUGCGGCUCUACCCCACGCUUUGCCACAUGAAGCUGGAGGCUUGCCGCCGCCAGGAGGAUCUCAGGCUACGUCCCCUAGCUCUCUGCAAGGGAUUAGAGUUCCGGCCGUGCGGGGACGACGAACCGCUGACGGAUGGAGAAGGGCGCGUGCUGGACUGCGGCGGCGGGCCGCGCCGUAAGGAUUGCCCCGUCGGGAGCUACUGUCACCACACUGCUAAAGCUGCCACAUGCUGCAAAAAAGACAAGGCAGUUGCAGAGAAGGAAUGCCAGGAGUCGUGGCACGGUUGUUGCGCGGACGGCGUGACAGCAGCGCGCGGGCCGGGCGGCGCCGGGUGCCCCGCGCAGUGCGGCUGCCACAGGCUGGGAGCGGUGGCGGAACGCUGCGACGAAACCGGCCAGUGCAUCUGCCGGCCCGGCGUCGGCGGGCACAAGUGCGACCGCUGCGAGCCCGGAUACUGGGGACUGCCACGCAUCGGAACCCUACAUGCUGGCUGUAUACCAUGCGGAUGCUCCGCUUUCGGCUCCGUCCGCGAAGACUGUGAGCAGAUGACGGGGCGGUGCGUGUGCAAGCCCGGUAUACAGGGCCAGAAGUGCACCGUCUGUUCCAACCACGAGCACACGUUAGGCCCUAAUGGCUGCUUCGAUCCUGAAUCGACUCAACUGCCGGCGACGAAUUGCGAGCUACUAACUUGCUACUUCGGCGCAUAUUGCGUGGUACGAAGCGGGCUGGUGACAUGCGAGUGCGCCGCGCCCGAGUGCCCGGCCGGCGAGGGACCCGCCGUGUGUGGCAGCGACGGACGCAGCUACGUGUCAGCGUGUCACCUGCGCGCGCACGCUUGCCGCACGCAGGCCGACGUCGUGGUGCAGGCGUUCGGCGCGUGCGGCGAGGGAACGCCCCAUGUGCGGCGAGAUAAGAUAUAUAAUUCAUAUAGGCCCAUGUCGGUCAACGACGAUUACGAAGAUAUAUGCAUGAAAAAGACUACCGAGCAUCACCAUACGACUUUUUACGAUGAUUUCGAGGAGCAGUACAUAACGAACGAAGUCGACGAUUACUAUCCGCUGUACGAGGAAUAUUACGAUGGACGGGAAAAGGACGCGUAUAUUGCGCCAUUAUUCGACGGGCGGGCUCACAUGACGGCGCGCACGAGGCUGCCCGCCAAAAGUUUCGAUAUAUGGGCCGAGGUGUCGGCCGUUUGCGGCGGGGGCGCGUUAAUGAGCGCCUCAGGUGUGAGGGAUUAUUUAUGGGUCGGCUUCGUGGAAGACAAGGCGGUAUUGCGGUGGGACGCAGGGAACGGCCCUUUGGAAUUACGUUCCGGCAAGGUCAGAAUGGAUGGGAGGUCUAAAUUAUCUGCGAGGAGAUACAAGAAGGACGCGUUGCUAAAGUUGGGAACCGCCGCAGCGAGGGGCUCUACGCACGGACCCAUGAGCUCGCUCAACAUCGACCCGUAUGUCUUUAUUGGCCGCGCCCCGGAUAAUGUUACCCUGUUAUCUGGUAUGAAGAUCCCGGGUUUCGUUGGCUGCGUACAUCGGUUGCGGAUUAGCGGGCGCGACAUCAUCCCACCCACGCGCGGCAUGCCCGUCACCACGCACGGAGUCCGGCCCUGCACUCCACAUAACCUUGCGCAACUCGUGUGUCCUUAGCUACUCAAAUUAGCUACGAUAUUAACCAAAUACUGAAAAUAUUACGACCAUAAAGAAAUAUAAUAUAUUUAAGUUAGGGUUAGUGAGAUUCGAACUCGUUUUUCACUUUAUUAGAAUUUAAUUUCUUACGUCCUUAAUGACAUUACCCUCGCUAAAAUCGGUUCAGUUUUAGGCUCUAGGCCAUUGUAAUGGAAUUUACAUACCCACAAACAAAAAAAAACAAACAAACAAAGGGGGGUUAAACAUUACCCUUUUGACAGUCGGUUAAAAGAGCGUUUGAACUUUUUAAAUUACCAAUUCAUCAUUUCAACUUUUAAGGCAC